AUGGCAGAGCUCAAUUACCCUAUCGUGGCGGCAGAGCUCACCACCACCACCACCACCAACAACUCAGUCUUGCGCAAUCCCAGCCAGGACAACACCUUGGAGUUCUCCUCUCCGCCACCAAUGGAUCUCGCUCUCGCUGUUGUUGAUGCUUCCUCCACUGUGAUUUCCUCUACCACCACUGUUGAUGCUAAUGCUGCAGUGGUCUUCCCAGUUGCUCGCCCUCUGACAUUCUUUGAUGCCUUCGCUCCUAUUCCUGCUCAUGCCGCGAGGCAGGACAAAGAAAAUAGCGACUCCAGCUCAUCCUCCAUUGUGCACUGGAGGGUCCCAGGUCCUGAUCUAUUGGAUCUUGACCUCAACACCCCACCUCCGCUAGAGAAUGCCUAA